AUGGCCUCCCCUCUUAUUUUGGAUCCCAAGGUGGCCAAGGAGAGUAAAAAUACAGGAACUUGGAGUAGAAUAUCCAGUGAAUCUCAAACAGCAAAUUCGAAGCUGUUUAGCGAGAAAAAUUCAAGUGAUUUGAGACGCGCUUCUACAAUUAAUAUUGGUGGAAGAAAGACCUCUCUGCAGCAUCAAGAACGUGGCAAUAUACAGCUGGAGCCAACCGCUGAGAAAAUGGAUACUGCUGGAGAGGAAAGCCCCGACCCGCCUGUCGCUGCGAGAGCACCUUUGAUAAUUCGCGAAUCAUUCACGAGAGACUUUAGCUUCCCUGGAACUCCAGACCCGGAAGAUAUUGUCGACAGCGACCAUUUACUUGGCACCCUUCUCGAGAAAACUCUUCGCGAACAAUCAGACGCUCUUUGCCCAAGCCCAACGAGUAGCAGGAGGACCUCUGCUCAUACCAAUUCACCAAAGAGUAUCCGUCAAGUAUCUGCCGCCAAGCCGAUUGUUACUACUAGUGCUUUUGGAAUCAGAAACUAUACGGCACCACCGGAAAUGCCUUCUUCUUCACCUACGCUCUCAUACACACCAACCCGAGGUCCAAAGUUGGGUAUUACGACAACAAUACCACAUUCGCGAGUUACGAGUUUGCGAACACCCAAUAGCACCGAGUUAGAGGGUCGUGAUUAUUUCAAUUUUAAAAUCUAUGAAGAAAAUAGCGGUUUCACUCCCGAGGCACUAAAAGGGACCCAGUUUACACUAAACUCUAAGAUUUACCGAAUUCCAUCAUCCCCUACAAUCGCCAAGCGCACUUCCCGAACUAAGCCAUCUAAGCCACAACGUGGUGAACUGUACUUCUUCGAACACGAGCGACAAAAGAUUGAACAACUUGUUGCUCAGAGUAAAAACAGAAGUUGUAUAAAUCAUCAAAAUUGUACCGAUUGUAUCGAGAAGGAAUACGCAUACUACGAGAACAGAAUCAUGUCUACUUCAAUGCCACCAGAGCGUCGCCAACAGAUCAUGAAGGCGAAUCGAUCUAUUCGCAACAUCAAGAAUGAACUCGAAAACCUUCUCGAAGAUGAACUCAUUACUUACGAGGUGUAUGAGCUUAUGAUCAGUAAACUUCCCUCCGAAACCAGUUUGAACGCGACAUCUUCCCCCGCUCCUCGUGCCAAUGCCGUGUCCCCAGCACCGGUUGUCCCAGUUGCCGCAUUCUCACAGUUGAACGUCAAUAGCGACAACCCUCCACCAUCAUACCAAUCAACUCCAAAUCUCCCUCCUCGCGGACCAACUCAACCACCUGCUCGACCAGAAAUCGGACGUGCGACCGCUCUUUACCGUUACACUGAACCCGAAGACUGCAACUUCGAUGUUGGAGACAUCAUCAUUAUUUAUGAAUAUAUGAAUGACGACUGGUGGAUGGGCAAGAAUGAAAAGACCGGAAAGGAGGGUGUAUUCCCGUCCAACUACGUUCAGAAGCAUGCCAACCAACCCGCACAGCCUGCCUAUUAUGGCAACGAGAAGGCUACCUACUCUCCCUACGCUCCCCAACAACAAGGACCACCUGGACCACCUGGACCAAGCAACCCUUACAACAGCUCUGUUCCUCCCAUGGCUGUCGCAGAACAACCUACAGACGAUAAGCUUAGCAAGGGAGGAGAGAUGGGAAAGAAAUUUGGCAAGAAAUUGGGUAACGCUGCUAUCUUUGGUGCUGGAGCAACAAUUGGUGGCAACAUCGUCAACUCGAUUUUCUAA